UUUUGGUACAAAUUGGAUCAAAUUGGGGAGAAAUGAUUAAUAUAUUAUAGUCUGGAGGAAAAAAGUGCUUUUAGUUUAAUAUUUGACAUCUAAGGAAUGUUUGAAGAAACAAGUCAAUCCCCACAACCCUCUAAAACGUAUGGAAUAUUCCUACUGGUAUUAAAGCACAAUUCUAACUCGUUGGUCUGAGUGAAUUAAGAGCUUGAAAGAUGCUGAAAGAUGAAGAUGUUGCUAAUGUAUUUGUGUUUGUUUCUUGUUAUAGGUGCAACAUGUGACCUGAUCAUUUCAGGAAAUGAGAACCAAGCUGUCUUUGUAGGUAACAAUGUUACACUGUCAUGUGUUAUAAAAAAACAUGGUGUGGACAUAUUCCAGGAUAAAAAUCAUCUACCUAACACGUAUAAUGUAACUUGGAAACACACCCCUGUUCGCUCUCAGAAAACAGUUGAUAUUCUAGAAGUACAGAUAGACACUGGUUCCCAACAUGGUUCAUCACUGGUUCAUACUGCUGAUGGAAACAAGUAUUUCACAUCAGCAAAGGAUGCAUCAUUGAUAGUACUAGAUAUUGACCUCACUGAUGCUGGACUGUACACCUGCAUAGUGCAAGGUGAUUCACAGUUAAAGAAUGCCUCUGCAGAUUUGUUUGUUUUAUUGCCACCACAGUGCCGCAACCUUAUACCGUUCUUCACUUACCAUAAUGGGAACUUCGACCAGCAAACAUUAUUUGAUUGUACUGUAAAUUACCGUGGAAACAAGCCUCCUAUAAUACUUUGGAAACAUGACAAACAGGAACUGAAUACCGGCACAGAUUACCAUAACAACACUUUUGCCAUGGCAACCUUAUCAUUUAAACCAGAUAAAAAGUAUGAUGGUUAUAGAUUCCUGUGUUUGGUUGAGUAUCCAAGUGCUAAGUUUCUAACAGCAUGUCAAACUAAGCCACCAUUACAGAUUUAUUUUCCUGUACAUUUAAACAAAAUGAUAAUAAAACCUCAAGCCAAGGAAUAUGUUUAUAAUUCUGGGAAGAACAUUAACCUGGACUGUCAAGCAAGUGGAAAUCCCCAUCCUAAAUAUAGAUGGACAUUUAAACCCAAGGGAGAUAACUCAGCAGAAACUACUUUGGCUACAGAACCAAGAUACACAAUAACUGAUGCAGAUGAAAAAAAUGAAGGAACAUACAACUGUACAGUGACAAACAACAUUAAUGGAACGUUGUUUAUUGAUACGCAGACAAAAUAUAUCAAAAUAAAUGAUGAAAAUAGUUCCGAUGGAGAAUACAGAUUUGUUAUUAUACAAACAAGUCAGGAGGACAACACUACCCCAAAACCAACAACUUCAGCAGGUGUAUCUCCGUACGCCAUUGGCGCAGUUAUAUGUGCAAUAUUGGCUGUCAUUCUAAUCCUGGUGUUUGUCAUCCUGGGAAUGAAAUUCAGAGAUCAGUGCUUUCUCAUGCAGAUGAGGGACAAACGAACUCAUACGAGAUUGACACGAGAUCAUGAUGAGAACAUGGAUGACCAGGAAAUAGAGCUUUUAGAUGAAAGUGUCCAGUCCAGAGUUAGUAGUGAUGAGCCACAGUAUGGUAGAUUGAAGUUAUACUGGGAAAUUCCAAGGAAGGACAUACGCUUAGUAGAAGAGAUAGCUGCAGGGAGCUUUGUGGAAGUAUGGAAAGGAAAAAUGAAGAAAUAUCCUAACAGCAGUGAGAUACAAAAAGUGGCUAUAAAGAAACUGAUAGAAAAUGCUACAGAGCAGGAAAGAAAAUUUUUCCUUGGUGAGAUGGAAGUACAGAAAAUGUUACAACCUCAUCCUAAUGUUAUACUUCUGAUUGGUUGUUAUACCUUCCAUGAGCCAUGGUUGUUAAUGCUAGAGUAUGCACAAGAGGGCACUCUAUAUGAGUAUCUACAAAACAGCCGUCCAGGAGCACAGAUAGUGCAGAUUUCAUCUAAUUCAGUACAUCAUAAAAACAUUAACUCACAUCGACUGCUAGCCAUAGCUGCACAAGUGGUUAAUGGAUUGAUGCAUCUACAAAAGUUUAAGUUGAUAUACUAUCGUCUGAAGACCAGUAAUAUUUUGGUAGGACGUGGAGGAAUCUGUAAGCUAACAGGAUUUGGAUUCCCACAUGAAAUAACAGAGAGAAAUCAGUAUGAAAAUGAUACUUUACCUGUUGAGUGGAUGUCACCAGAAUCAUUGAAGGAACAAAUAUAUAAUUAUCGAUCAGAUAUCUGGUCCUAUGGGGUUUUGCUAUGGGAAAUCAUACAUUUUGGUUUAUCUCCUUAUUUACAUCUUGAAAGACAAGAAAUAGAAGAUAUUAUUUUGUCAGGAAAUCGACUAGAACGACCACCACACUGUAGCGAAGACUUGUAUCAGUUAAUGUUAGAAUGUUGGCAAGAAGAUCCGACGAAGAGAAAAGAAUAUCCUGAUAUUUUACAAGUUUUGUCCAACCUGGCAGCUGAUCAUUCAUUACAUAUACUGCUUAAUAGUUUACCUGACUCAUGUAAAUUUACACAAGCUGUGUAGUAUCUGUUUUAUUUAUUAUGUUAUGCUACUAUAUACAAAUGACAAAUCAUAGCACCAAAGUUAAUGAAGAUUUACCAGAAACUUUUAAUUUCUAGAAGUUGUAAAUGUUGUUGAAUACUAGUCCCUUAUACUUAAUUUUUGACAGAAUUCAAAUAUUAAAGCAGUGUAUUACUUUUUAACAUGUCUUCCUAAUAACAAUCAAUUUAUAGACACAAAAUUACUUUAUAUUGCUUAGAAGUCCUAAAAUUCCUCAAAGGUACACUACAGUUAACUGGAUAGUUAUAUUUUGUACCUGAGUUGCCUUCUUUGUAUGAAAUGUAAACCACUUCAGUUGGGACUUCAGUGAAGAAUUGUUAUUGUAUAUUAAAAUAAAAUGAUGAAAAUUUACCCCAAAAAGUAACAGUGUGCAAUGAAUAACGUUUUGAGCCUCUCAAUUUAUACAGGAGUUAUCUCCCAUCAAGAUGAUGCCAUUGGCGUAUGAAAGCAAAAUGUCGAUGGACCAUCAAAAGACAAGGAAGCACGAUUUGGAAAUUGAUCUGGUGCCAAGUGCAAUCUAGCCUUCAGAAGCUGGCCUUUUCAAGACCAUAAUUUUUGUCUCUCCUUGACGGAGUCAAAAAGCGAGACAUAGGUAUGCUGUUCUGGUGGCGGCAGCGUCAACGAUGUAUUAGUUUGUGAUUAGGUCUAGUUCAUGGUGAACCACUAGUGGUAGGUCAAUGAUAUUUGGUAUGCAGUUGUAUUAGCAUUGGCACAUCUCAUUACCAUGGAGAUUAUUUGGCCCC